UUACGUGAAAGUGCUCUAAAAGAACUAAUCUAAUUCCAAUUGACUAAAAGGGCUUGAACACCAACACUCAAGAAUAAUUUACAUAUCAAUUAUCAAUCUUCACCAAUUUCCCCCCUCGAUCGCAGAGCAACACCACCUUGAGCUCCAGCUGGCACUCUAUUGCCGUGUUCGUGCAGUUUGAAGAAAAAAGUCCCAAAUCUGUAAGCGUUGAUGAUGGAAAAUCUUGUUGAAAGAUGAUCUGAUUAAGAGAUGGGGCGAGGGAUCUCAGCUUUGGUUCAGCCCAAGAGUGUCUUGAUUUUCUUGGCGGCGUUAGUUCUGAUAUUUCUCGCUUAUUCCUUCUCUAAAGAGGGGGCUGAAGAGGUGGAAGAGUUGUAUGAAAUCACCCAUAGAGUGUUUUUGGAUGUCGACAUAGAUAAGCAGCGCAUAGGGAGAAUUACCAUUGGCUUAUACAGUGAUGUCGUGCCGAAGACUGUAGAGAAUUUCAGGUCACUGUGUACAGGGGAGAUCGGAAAAGCUAAAAACGGUAAAGUUCUGCACUACAAAGGAACUCCAUUCCACCGUAUCAUACCGGGGUUCAUGAUCCAAGGUGGAGACAUCGUAUCCGGAGAUGGAAAGGGGAAUCAAUCUAUAUACGGUGGCACGUUCCGUGAUGAGAAUUUCAAGCUGAAGCAUUCACACGCAGGUGUCGUGGCCAUGGUGAACUCGGGGCCCGACUCCAACGGGUCGCAGUUUUUCAUCACAACGGUCAAGGCCUACUGGUUGGAUGGCGAGCACGUUGUUUUUGGGAAGGUCAUCGAUGGGAUGGACACGGUGUAUGCCAUUGAGGGCAGCGCGGGGACCUACAGCGGGAAGCCGAGGAAGAAGGUAAUUAUUUCGGAUUCUGGGGAAAUACCAAAGAGCAAAUGGGAUGAGGAAAGUAGGAUUUCAGUAACAUAAAACUAAUUUUUACCUAAGUUUUUGCAGACUGAUUUUCAUUAGGAUUCUUCUACUUGCCUUUUUAUACGUAUUUAUUAUCCGUGCACUUGCGUCGUAGUAGCAGUUCCAAUCUAUAAAAAAUUCGUCUAUUACAACGAGAAGGAAGAACUAGCUCCCCUCUUAAAUGAUUUAGUAGUCGUUUUUCUUGUUUCUUGCAAUCUUAAAAGGCUUUGUAAUAGCUCGAUCUCGUGUUUUAUUGCAUCACGCGUUAUGUGUGAACAAGAUGGAUGUUAUAUAGUGAAAUACGAGAUGAAAUGUUACUAGGGAGAAGAACCCUAGUCUGAUUGAUAACAAA